GCCGGCAGCUGCGGCGGAGGGGUGCGCGGGGUGGGGAUGUCGGGGCUGCCCGGCGUCCCGGAGCAGGGGCGCCCCGAGCGGAGCGCUCUGUGCCCGCCGAGCGCAGGCUUCGUGCUGGGGCUGGACGUGGGCAGCUCGGUCAUCCGCUGCCACGUCUAUGACCGCGCGGCGCGGAUCCGCGGCUCCAGCGUGCAGAAGGUAGAAAGUCUUUAUCCUCAAACCGGCUGGGUUGAAAUUGAUCCUGAUGUUCUCUGGGUUCAAUUUGUUGCUGUAAUAAAAGAAUCUGUCAAAGCUGCAGGAAUAGAGAUGAAUCAACUUGUUGGUCUUGGCAUUUCAACACAGAGAGCGACUUUUAUUACAUGGGACAAGAAAACGGGAAAUCAUUUUCACAACUUCAUUAGUUGGCAAGACCUGAGAGCUGUGGAACUUGUAAAAUCUUGGAAUAGUUCUCUUAUGAUGAAGCUAAUACACAGUUCCUGCCGAGUGCUUCACUUUUUCACUAGGAGUAAACGAUUUUUGGCAGCCAGUUUGUUCACUUUCACAACCCAGCAUGUUUCUUUGAGGUUGGCCUGGGUUUUACAAAACCUGAUUGAGGUGCAAAAGGCAAUUGAAGAAGAAAAUUGCUGCUUUGGAACUAUUGAUACCUGGUUGUUGUAUAAGCUCACAAAAGGUUCUGAAUAUGCCACGGAUUUUUCAAAUGCCAGUACAACUGGACUUUUUGACCCAUUUGAGAUGUGUUGGAGCGGGCUCAUUACCUCCCUGCUUUCGAUACCGCUCUCUCUCCUGCCUCCUGUGAGGGAUACAAGCCACAAUUUUGGAUCAGUGGACGAAGAGAUAUUUGGUGUGCCUAUACCAAUAGUGGCCUUGGUUGCCGACCAGCAGGCAGCCAUGUUUGGAGAAUGCUGCUUCCAGAUGGGAGAUGUGAAAUUAACCAUGGGAACUGGGACAUUUUUGGAUAUUAAUACUGGAAAUAACCCUCAGCAGACUGUUGGAGGCUUUUAUCCAUUAAUUGGGUGGAAGAUUGGGCAAGAAAUUGUAUGCCUAGCUGAAGGCAAUGCAGGAGACACUGGUACUGCCAUAAAAUGGGCUCAACAAUUAGAUCUUUUCACAGAUGCUGCUGAGACUGAAAAAAUGGCCAAAAGUUUGGAAGAUUCUGAAGGAGUUUAUUUUGUUCCAUCUUUUAGUGGAUUGCAGGCUCCAUUAAAUGACCCCUGUGCAUGUGCCUCUUUUAUGGGUUUGAAGCCUUCCACCAGUAAAUACCAUCUUGUACGAGCAAUAUUGGAGUCAAUAGCUUUCAGAAACAAACAGUUAUAUGAGUUGAUGCAGAAAGAGAUCCAUAUUCCCGUAACAAAAAUCCGGGCAGAUGGAGGAGUCUGCAAGAACAGUUUUGUCAUGCAGAUGACAGCAGACCUGAUUAAUGAGAGUAUAGACAGACCCGUCCAUGUUGACAUGUCGUGCCUCGGUGCAGCUUCUCUAGCUGGCCUUGCUGUUGGGUUUUGGACUGACAAGGAAGAACUAAAGAAACUGAGGCAGAGUGAAAUGGUUUUCAAGCCACAGAAGAAAUGGCAAGAAUAUGAAAUGAGUAUGGAAAACUGGGUCAAGGCAGUGAAACGCUCCAUGAAUUGGUAUCACAAGACGUAGCACUAUGCGGAAGGGCUGAAACUGGAAGUGGCCAGUUGCUGUGACACGCAGAUGGGACAAAGCUCAGGGAUAACCCAUACAAUGAGGACUGAGAGAAGAUUUAAAGAGAGUUUUACACUCAGAGAGAAAAAGCAUUGCUUUUUUGACACAAAACCAAAACCUCAUUUUUAAAAAUCCAAACCUUGGUAAGAUUGUAAGGCAACAAUACCUCAGAACUUUGUAUCUUCUGUUUUGUAGCAAAUUCCAAAGAACAUUAACUGUUUCCAACCAUGUUUUGAUGGUUAUGGGUCCUCCUCCUUUUUAUACUGAGUCAGUGGUAGAUGUGAACAUAAUGGUUUACUAUCUUUGAGUUAAUAGUUCUGGGUCAAGCACCAUUCACAUUUUGUUCCAAAAUUAUGUGAAAAGUAUUCCUUUAAUUCUUUAAAAUUAAGUGGGCUACUCAAAGUCCAUACAGCUAAAAAGAAAGAAUAACUGAGGAAAUGUGGAAUUUUGAAACAUUAAUAUUUUAUAUUUAAAGCCAUAAUUGUUCAAUGUUGUAUUAUGUCCUUCUCAGGCUUAUUUGAUAGUCAGUUAUUUACUUUUUUGGGCUUAAAGACACUGCCUUAAUUGUUCCUUAUUUAACCAAAAUCUGAGCAUUCUUUAUGUAUUGAAAAACAUUGAAAAAAUAAUUUUAGUUAAUGAAAUUAAAAAAGGGUAUUAAUUCAUAAGGAACAAGAAAAGACUAUAUUUUCCUUCUCAAAUAGAGUUUCUUUCAAAAACUUCUAGCUAAAGCAUGACAUCCCAUCUUUUACAAAAUGCAGGAAGUAAGUAUAAUUCUUGCCUUUCUUCCCCUGUUCUUUUUCUUUUCAGUUGGUGAGAUGCUUGCAUAAAUGUCUUUGUUUUUAUUAAGUGCCUAAUUGACAGAGCUUAAUUUGAAGAAAGUGCCCUAAUUUAUUGGUGACGUAAGAAUCGCCUUCAUUGGGGUAUUUUACUUGUUCAAGUAUCUUUUUUAUUUUUGUCCAGUCUCUUCCUCUCUGAGAUACAGGCGAUGGGUAGCUGACAGAGGUGAUGGGAGUUCACUCAUGUUAGUGACUGCUCUACGGCCACUGAGCCAGAGAUCCCCAGAGAGGAGCAGGCACAGUUCUGCGUUCUCGGGCUUUCUGGAUAGAAAUAUGAAGAGGAGUACGAGUUGUGAGUAGCUUCAGGCCAGGUGUAAAAUUGUCCUAAUGCAGGUGACCACCUUCCAACCUGCUCUCCUGUUAUUUGCCCCGCCCUUCAUUUGGGCUAGGUUCCUUUUGAUUUGCAGCAAUAAUGAAUUUAUUUCCCUCUUGGUCAGGCUUUAUCACAUAACAUCCUACUGUUAUAGAGCUAGCUGUUAAAUAAUAACGUAAUUGAAGUGACUAUUACAGAGACUGUUAUUGUUGCUGUUGUAUAUGUCCAUUUCAGAGACAGUUAGAGAUGAGAACUGGGGGUCAAAUUGCAUUUCUGCAAAUUCCACUUCAGUGAACUUUAAGUGUCCUCUUAAAUUAUUAAGAUUUUUUGAUGGAGUCAUUAUAGUAAAUAUAUAGUAUCAUUAACUCCAUUAAUUAAGAUUUGGGAAUAUUUUUAAGUGGAGGUGUUUUGUUUACUCUAGUAAGUCAGAUCCCAUUGUGUAGAUAAUAUCUUAUUCUUCUUUUCAUUUUUCCUGUUUUUUACAUCCUUUUUACAAAGCUUAGUGGCCAAUUAAAGGCUUUUUUAUCAAAAUCAUAUGAAAGCUGCUGUGUUGUUUUACUAUUUCUUAUAGACCCUGCUUCUCAGCAGGUAUGAUUUCAUAGGAAAUAAUUCUGUAUUUUUUAUUGAUAUACUGAAUUAUAGUAUUAUUAAUACCUAAAAGUUUGUUAGUUCAUCUCCUCUAUGUUCUUCUUUCUCGUCAUAAAACCACAAAGUAAAUGAUAAAUAUCUUUUAGAUACUGUGGGAAAAUAACUUAGCAUAUCUCUCAUGGAAUUGAGCAUCUCCUCAAAAAUCAGUGGCUAAUUUUUUUCUUUUGUUAAUCUUUAUUUUUCGUAUUUCUGGCUGUUUUUAGUGACACAGUUUAGUAAAUCUUUUGUCAGAUUUGACCUAAAUCAGAAACGUGGCCACUUUUGCUUUUGUGGUUGUAGAAAUAGUUGAUAAUCAAAAAUCAAUUGAGCAAAAAAAAUUAUCCUUUCCAUCUUUCAAAUUCAUUUUUCAAUUGUAUGCUAAUAUUUGAAGUUUAAAACAAUUUCUGUGCUAAUGUAUUUUACCAUUAUGGAUCUAUCAGAUAUUUUUAGGAGGUCUUGUAGCUAUCUUAUCAAGGAGAAUGUUCCUGUACAAUCCUUCUUAAAGUGGUACUAAUUGCUUUUAUACUGUAGACUUACUGAUUUUUAAAUUUUUUAUAUCCAGCCAUGACAUGGUUUCUCACCCUGAGCACUGUUGACAUUUUGGGACAGAUAAUUCUCUGUUUUAGGGUGCUGUGCUGUGCAUUAGAGGAUAUUUAGCAGCGUUGCUGACCUCUACCGCUGACCCACUAGCUACCGGUAGGAUCCCCCUAGUUGUGAUGGUCAAAGAUGUCUCCAAACGUUGCCAAAUGUCCCCUUGGAGGCAAGAUCUGCCCCCAGUGGAGAAGCGCUGAUACAGACUGUUAGACGAAGACUGAGUACUCAGUGACUGUGGAGCGUCUAUCAUACUCCUUUACUCUCUGCCUUGUUUUUACCUUAGCAAGUGAUUGUUAGCAAAAAGAGGUGGUAGUAUCUUAAAAUAAAUAGGGUUUCUACUUUGCUGGUUAAUGAAGUUAAAAAAAAUCUCAUGUAGGUGCCAGCCCGGUAGGGUAGAAGUUCACACGCUCAACUUUGGCGGCCCAGGGUUCGCAGGCCCGGAUCCUGGGCAUGGACGUAUGCACUGCUUACCAAGCCGUGCUGUGGCGGCAUCCCACGUAUAAAGUGGAGGAAGAUGGGCACGGAUGUUAGCCCAGGGCCAGUCUUCCUCAGCAAAAAGAGGAGGAUUGGCAACAGAUGUUAGCUCAGGGCUAAUCUUCCUCACAAAAAAAAAAUCUCAUGUUGUAAUUAUCUUCUGCUGUUAGUAUCCACCCACCCCCAUCCCCACCCCUGCAUCCUCUGUGCUCGCAAUGAGUGGGUUCAUGACUUCAGUAUAGGAUUAAGGCAUUCUGCAGAUCAUCUUUGAUUUGAUCUGCUUUUUUGCUUGUUUUUCAUCUCUGAACAGAGGAGAUCACUCUCUCUUUCAUCUGCCUCUGUGCAAGCCUCCACCAGACUAGAAGUUCCCUGAAAGCAGAAACCAUAUCUACUUCCAGAGAACUCAACUCUGUGCCUUCAUAUUUGGGGGAAUUUUAACUUUACGUUUCUAAGUGCAACUUUUUUUGCAUAUACGUUUUAUCCUUGAUGUUGCAUACAUUUGUUGAUAGGGAGCAGCUUGUAUGCAUUGCAAGUAAAAUAUGUUUUGUUGAAUUAAGAAGGACUACUUUGUUAUGAAAGCUAGAAU